CUGAAUGAAAAAGUUGCUUUCCCCAUAUUUUUCAGUCCAAUUUUUUUUGAGGAAUUAUCAUUAAUUAUGGCAGUUCCGGAUGGUAUAUCAGGACAACAGAGGCGAGUCCUUGAACUUAGAGCUGAGUUCUUAAAGAAGUCGUUAAAUCCAUAUCGACAUGCUACAAUGGAAGGUGGUCACGUCUUCGAUCCAGCAUUUUACCGAUUCCAAGCUAUGCGUUCGACACAAUGGGACAAUUUUAAAGCAACACCAAAAAAUUUCAAAUUUGGAUUCUUAGCUGUCGUUUUGCCUGUUGGAUUAUUCUAUUAUUUAAUUAAAAACGAGAGAGACACAAAGGAGGAAAAAUUCAGAACAGGUCAAGUUGCAUAUAAAGAUCGCAGCUUCAAGUUUAUCUAA